AUGGACUGGGGGCCAGUAAACCAUGAAACGGAGAACCGUCUUGGACACGCCCAAGUCCUUCAGCUCCUGAAGCUCUGUCUCAGGACGUACUUCACGUUCGACGGGCCAAUCUACGAACAGGUGAAGGGCACACCAAUGGGUUCGCCGAUUUCGGGAUUCAUCGCCGAGGCGGUCCUGCAACGGUUAGAGUCGCUGGUAUUCCAACACCACAGACCGAAAUUCUGGGCCCGGUAUGUGGAUGACACCUUCGUCGUCAUCGAACGGGAUCAGGUGUUGACAUUCCAAGAACAUCUCAACGCCGUCUUCCCGGACAUUCAAUUUACGAUGGAGGAGGGAGAGAAGAACCAGCUGGCCUUCCUUGAUGUCCUCGUAUGCCACAAAGAUCGUGGUGAACUAAAAGCCGAAGUGUUCAGGAAAGCGGUAAAUACGAUGCAAGUACUGAACUUCAACAGUAACCACCCAAUCAGCCACAAACGCAGUUGUGUAAGGACGCUCUAUCGGCGUGUCGAAACGCACUGUAGUGAGCCGGAAGACAAAAUUGCCGAACUACAAUACCUCCGACGGGUAUUCAAAGCCAAUGGCUACCCGCGCAACUUCGUCGACCGGUGCAUACGCAAAAGGGACGAAAGGCCUAACCGCACGGACACCAAAUCUUGGCGGGCACUACCGUAUGUCAAGGACGUUUCGGAAGCUGUCGGCCGCCUUCUCGCACCACUUGGGGUUGGAGUGGCACACAGACCGGAGGCAACCAUCAGGCAUCUGGUCAUGAAACGGAAAGAUCCACUGCCACGGCUAGAAACGUCUGAAGUUGUUUAUCGGAUCUGGUGCAGUUGCGGACAAAACAAUUACGUCGGAGAAACCGGAAGACAGCUCCGAACGAGAAUGGCCGAACACGCGGCAGCGGUGCGCAGAAGUGACGCCAGCUCUCAAGUUGCGGCUCAUUCGACGAGAUCCGGCGGCCACACAUUCAACUUCGAUGAGGCCGAAAUUCUCGCAAGAGGUGACAACCGCGUGAGUCGGGAGCUACUGGAAUCAUGGUUUACUGGUCCCUAG